AGAAGAAGGAAAAGGAAGAAGCUUUCGUCGAUAGCUCUUUUUAUCCUCUAUCUCUAUCUCUCUCUUUAUCUCUCUCCGUCUCUCUCUCUCUCUCUCUUUCACUUUCUAAAUCGUUAUGUCCUCGUGCAACACAUGUUUCUCGUCUGGCUCCCAGACCCGAAAGAUCAUUCAAAGUCGGUCGAACGUGUUCAGGAAUAAAUCUUUAGAUGGAGCUCGUCGUAUAGGAUUAUAAUUUCCUGUUUUAAAAGAGCAAUGUGUCCUGACGAAAGGGACGGGUCAUUCGUUUUCAUAAGACAUAUUAUUAUCAUCGACCCGAAAAGAAAUUAAUUGGAAAUGUGAUCGUGAAAUAGCAACCAUGUUGAACAUGGAUAACAAUACCGAGGAAUCGCCGAAAAGGCGAUCCACGUUUUACGUGUCUUUGGACGGUGGAGAAGCAAGACAGCCGACAAAGAUAUCUAAAGCUUGUAACAAUUUAAUAAAAUCGCAGGAUGUAGAAAAGAAGGAUAUUACGAAGAAAUCGACGUCCUUAUCUUCGUCUUCGUCGUCAUCGUCGUCGUCAUCAUCGUCGUCUUCGUCGUUCGUUUGCAAUACAUUUCCAAUUGGUAAUACAAAAAUAGGAACGUCUUCGAUCGGUGCUUCGUCGAUAUCGCCAAAGGUGAUACUUACUAGGACACUGAGUAAUAACGAGUCUAUAACGAGUAGUAGGAAACACGAGGAUUCUUUACCUGAGAGUCACAAAGGAAAGGUACAAUCAUUGACCAGGAUAUUCGAAAGCGGUAAGGGAUCUUCUAACGAACGAUCUAACAACAGGGUCAUUGGGAACGAGGAUAGAAAGAAAGUUGAGAGGACGAGAUCGUUCAAGACUAUCGAGAGGUUUCAAAAUCGUUUCACCGGUAGGAAGGAUUCGGCGAGGAAGGAGAAUCGUUUGAACAACACGAUUGCUUGUUUCGAACUAGAGGAGGAUGAUGGUAAACGUAAGAAAAAGAAUAAGAACGAGGAGAGUAAUGAGAGCGUUGCCGAUGAAAAUAAUAGAAUGAUCAGCGUGGUCAACAAUGUGGUCAACGUGAAAUGUUGCAAUAAUGGUGGUAGCGAUGGUACCACUGUUGGUAUCGGUUCUAAUUCUGCUACUAAUGGUAACAUUAGUAAACUGGAGGAAAAGAAACAACAAUCCAGCGGUAACACAACAUUGACGAAUCUUUUGAUUAGAAGGACUCACAGCACGAAAUUAGCUAGAAGUGGUAGUUCCUUGCUUCGUUCCGCUAACAGACACGCUUCCGUCGAUAGUUCCUCGAUCGUCGCAGUGGCUGCUGCUGCGUCGGUCGCUGCAGAGAAACGUCCCGUAGCCGAGAGAGCUAAGGAUCGUGACCGUGAGGUCACGGCCGAUCCUUCUGCGGACAACUCUGACUGCAUCGAGUCCUCCCUAUUCGAAGAUGUACCGGACAUCGACGGGGGAAUGCAUUCUGAUACAUCGUACGAGAAAGCUUGCCGAAGAGGAAGUGCACCGGCUACGCCGGUGCUCGGAGGACGGCCCUUGGACGUUACACCAAAUAGGAUCGUCAACUUCUUCUCAAAGAGAUCGUUCCGAUCGAAUCCUUUGAAAAGGACGAAGAGCGUGACUAAGCUCGAACGACAAAAACAACGUGGCGCCGGUCUACGGGGUUGUCGUUCGCACGAAUCCCUUCUUUGCGGGCAGGCCGUGACCUCGAUGGACCUGGCUGCUGUGACUCCGCUUCAUCCGAGCCUCCUUGGUAGACCUCAUUGCUUCCAGGUCACACCCAGUACCGGUGCACCGAAGUAUUUCAGUUGUAGAACGGCUCACGAACGGGACCAGUGGUUACACAGCUUGAGGAAAUCGGUACAACCGGACGCGGAACAAACGAGAAGGACAGACAAUUCCCUUCAAAUUUGGUUACUCGAGGCCAAAGGUGUCCCAGCUAAGAAACGUUACUUUUGCGAAGUCUGUCUGGAUAGUACCCUUUAUGCACGAACUACGGCCAAGCUAAAAGCCGAUUUGUGCUUUUGGGGCGAACAUUUCGAUUUUCAUCAUCUUCCCUCUGUCAAUACGAUUCAAGUGAAUCUAUACAGAGAGGCCGAUAGGAAAAAGAAGAGAGAUAAAAACGUUCUAAUUGGUUCGGUCAGCAUACCAGUUCACAACGUAACGUCUCGUUAUCUAACAGAAAAAUGGUACCCAGUGGUAGGCGACAAAGGUCCUUUAAAGGAUCCACCAGCACUCAGGGUAAAAUGUCGCUUCCAGUCGGUCGACAUACUGCCGGUUCAGGUUUACCAGGAGUUCCUGGAAUACUUGAAGACCGAUUACGCGUCCCUCUGCGAGAAACUCGAACCGGUAAUCGGCGUCAAGGCGAAGGAAGAUAUUGCGACUGCCUUGGUAGCCGUUAUGCAACGCGAGAAAAAAGCACCGCAAUUCUUAGCGGAUCUCGUUAUGAUGGACAUUCAUAGAAUAGACGAUGAGAGGUUAACAUUCCGUGGAAAUUCUUUGGCUACUAAAGCAAUGGAAGCAUAUUUGAAGUUAACAGGCGAUAGGUACCUGCAAGAGACACUUGGAGCCGUUGUAAGAGGUGCCGUAGAAGGUGGAGACUGCGAGGUGGAUCCACUCAAGGUCGCCUCAGUAGCCGCACUACACAAGCAACAACAAAAUCUUCGUAAUGCGGUAGAACUCGCCUGGAGCAGGAUAUUGGCCAGCCACGCACAUUUUCCACUUGAAUUGCGUGAAUGCUUUCGUAUUUUCCGUGAACGUUUAGCCGAUAUGUGCCGGGAGGAUAUAGCAGAUAAUUUAAUAUCUGCUUCUAUCUUCUUAAGAUUUCUUUGUCCUGCCAUUCUCAGUCCGUCUCUUUUCAACAUCACGCACGAAUAUCCGAACGAGAAAGCAGCGAGGAAUUUAACUCUCGUCGCGAAGACCUUGCAGACGUUGGCGAACUUCACGAGAUUUCAGGGAAAAGAAAAUUUCAUGGAGUUCAUGAAUGAUCUUUUGGAACGAGAAGCACCGUCCAUGAAGAAUUUUCUGCAACUAAUAAGCAGUCCAUUACCAAAAGACGCACCAGCGAACAACUCGUUGGAAUUCGACGGUUAUAUUGACUUGGGAAAGCAAUUGUCUCUCCUUCAUGCAUUAUUAAGAGAAAGCGUUGCAGCAAUGGCAUCGUCCUCGCAAUCGUCACCACCGACCAAGUUGCUCGAAAUUCUCGAUAGGAUUUCUUUGGCAUUGGAUCAACCUGGACCUAGUCCUGUGCCAGCCACCCAUCGUUAUCAAAAUUUACAAAACAAUAUAUUCCGUUAUAACGAUCCAACGAUCGCCAACAGUAACACGAAUCUCUCCGUCUCGGCAACGUCUACUCUUAGCAAUCACAGUACACUGAACGGUACGAUAAGAGACAGCAACGAGUUGUUGCAAUCGAACACUUUGGGUCACAACAGUUCGCGUAGUCCUAACGUCGUCAGAGCGGCUACUCUUCCUCGAAACGCUUAUAUGGCGAACAACGGGAAAUUGCAAUUACAAAUCAAUACGGACGAUUAUCCCUUAGAGCCAGCAGCGUUUGUAUCUCGAUCUCCGACGCCAAUCGUACGUCAACACAGGCCGAUCAUCCAAAGUCGUGCAGGUGCUGGCUACAGAUUAACAGCCAGCGCCAGCCUGGCGAACGUCAAUCAUUGUCAAACGCAUCCAUCCAGUCCGACGCGUUCCGAAAGUCACAGCAAUCUCAAGGAUUCGAAUUACAAUAUAACGUUAACGCAAAACACUCAACCGAGCAACUUGAACAAUAUCUCUCAUCAUCAUCAUCACCAUCAUCAUCAUCAGCAACAACAACAACAACAACAACAACAGCAGCAACAACAGCAGCAGCAGCAACAACAACAACAACAGCAACAACAGCAACAGCAGCAACAACAGCAACAGCAACAUUAUAGACACAAUAUAGCCAGAUUGCAAAAUCUCGAAAUUCACGAUAGGGAGGACAAUUAUAAUCACAAUAAUUACAAUGUCUCGAGGUCGGCGAGUAGGAAUCAUUGUCGAAAGGAGGAAAACGCUAAUCAGACCCAACAACAGAAUUACAACAACGUCUCGAAGACGACGGUUAACGCGAACGUCGUUGUAAAUCCAACGACGAAUUUAACACUCUCUAUAAAUCAUCAUCAACCAAACAACAAUUACAACAACGCCAAGGGUGGCAACAAUACUGGUAGCACUAACACUGCCAAUGGUAAUCUCGACGAACUUUCCGAUCUCCUCAGGUACGCCGACGAUGAAGUUUCCGAAUCUAAAUCGCAAAAGGGAUCGCAAAUCUCUAUUUCUCAGCUGAGCAACGUAGCUUCUUCGGGUUAUCAGAGCUUCGCUGCUUACAGCCAAAGCUCGAGCCCGGUCGAUCUAAGCAGCAACAACGCGAACGCUCAUAUUCUCACUGCCGCGCCAUUAGCGUUCGCCAAUCCUGUUUAUCACAUGGACUCGAAUCAUGGUAGAUCGGGUAGAAGGGGUAGUACUAGCUCCGAAGAAAGGGAUGGUAGCGGUGGCGGUGGUGUCGAAGGUGUUAGAGGUGUCGAUCUAAGUCCCUCGCCACCGCCACAAAACAACGUGAGGAAUCUUCAAAGGAACGGACAAAAUCAAUGGCGACAGAUCAAUCAAACGCAUAGGAGUAAUUCCGAGCAACAACAGAACGUUUGUUGCAACAAAUUGAGAAGAAGGUUAUCCCUCGACUCCACCAGGGAUCUUUCGGACACUAGCGAGGAAGAAAAUUGUACGACUAGGAGAAGUAAAUCACGAAGUCAUCGUAGUAUCGAUCAGUAUCAGGUGGAAAUCGAGAGGCUGCAGAGUAGCGUUGAUCGAGUAAGAGCUCGAUUUGGUGGGAACGAAGAUAACGAUAUAAACGGCAUCGCACCAGACACCGAGAUGAAGACCAUCAUCUCCAGUUUAAUCUCCAUGGAGGAGGAGUCACGGCGCAAGGAACAGAAACUUUCGGCCGCGUUGUCGUACAAGCAGCGCGUGAUCGACGCGUUGGAACAACAGAUAGCGGCCUUGGAUGCGGAGAAUUCAAGAUUGACACUAUCGAACACGCGGUUACUUUCCGCACUGACGGAUCUUAAGCAACGUUACAACGCAAAGGCACAGCCAACCAACGAGACCACGACCCUUUUGCAGAAUAUCGCUGACAUAGGUGAAUUGAAAAGUUCUUCCUGUUAAAGGAUCUACUCGUCCUCGACUCGAGGUGAAAUUUUUUAAAAAAGAAGAAAAAGAAGAAGAAGAAGAAGAGGAAUAAGAAAAGGAAGAAGAUGGAAAGGAGAAUGCAUUUUUCAAAAAAAAAAAAAAAACACGAGGAACGAAUCAAUCUACUGUUUGCUGAUGCCCACGUUGCUCUUGUUGCUGCUGCUGUUACGUUGCAAUCGACUCGACUGAUCUACUACCGCUUAGCGCUGGCUACCUCCCAGUUUAUAAUCAUACCGAGAAAUAAUAAUAAUAAUACUAAUAAUAAUAAUAAUAAUUAUAAUUAUAAUAAUAAUUAUAAUAAUAUUAUAAUAAUUAUUAUGGUAAUAAUAAUAAUAAUAAUAAUAAUAAUA